ACGUCCGGACUCUACUCGACCCGACCCGACCUGACCCGACCCGACCCGACCCGAGCUGAGUCGACCGGUCUGACAUGGGCCCAAAGAGGCCCUCCAGCACAUCUGCCCGACAGGCUGCCUGGACGGUUGGUGGGGCCGAGAGUGGAGUGGACGACUGGGAUGGACGAGUGGGGCCGUGCUGAGGACCGGGACGGUGAGGGUUGUCAAGUGAGCCGAGAGUUGGUGAAGCAAUGGCUAUGCUGUUCGCUGGUUUGCGCCUGCGUGCGUGAAUGUACAGGUUGA